CACAGUCUCGUCCCUUCCGAUCAGGGGAUCAGAUUCAGCGACCCGCGGUGAUCCCGCGGAGGCCGCGCAACAGCUGCAGGUCGCGGAAAGCGCUCCGCCCCGUCGUGCCGCGCGUCCCGGGGGCGCCGCCCCUCGCCGGGCUCCGGGCCGCGCGGCGGGGCACCGGCCGGCGCAGGUAGAGCUCGGCGCGGCCUGGAGACGGCGGCGCGCGGCGGGAUGGGGCGGCCCGGGGCCCGCAGCCUCGCGCUGCUCGCCGCCUGCCUGGGGCUCUGCGGGCCUCGCGGGGCGCCUGGAGCAUCUUUUUAUGGUGAAAGCUACGUGGGGCUCAACAUCACAGAAGUCUCCCCUGAGCUAUCGCUUCGAUUAAGAUUUCAAACGAGCAAGCCACAAAGCUUACUUUUUCUUGCAGCUGGGAAAAUCGACUAUUGCCUAAUAGAACUUCUGUCAGGAAUAAUACAGGUGAAAAUAAAUGUGGGCACCAGUGAACCAAUCCUCCUUUCUGAGCAAAGGCUUCGCCUGGACAAUUUGGUUUGGCAUUCGGUGGAGCUGUACUAUGGCAAGGAGAAUGUGUCCUUGGUCAUCGACAAGCAUUAUGAGACAGCUGGCCAGCUGGCUGCUGGGAUGCAGAACUUCACCUUUCACCAUGGGAUCUAUGUAGGAGGUCGUGGGGGACUCAGUGCCCCUUACCUGGACACAAAGACUCCCAACUUCCGAGGCUGCAUGGAGGGUGUGGUGUUUAACCAGAGGGAGAUCCUGACAUCCCUCAGGUCUUACCCUGGUUUUAAGAAGGUUUAUGAGGUAUCCCUGGGGUGUAACGAUGAGUUUUUUGCUGGGAAGAAUGAGGCUAUUAGCUUUUUCAGCUCUAGGUCCUAUGUCACCUUUCCAGAAUGGAAGGUCCAUGGCGAAGGGGUACUAAGGUUUGCUGUGCGAACUGGAACCUCACAAGCCUUGCUUUUAUUUCAGUCAGGCAGAGAGGGAAAUUAUGUUGCUUUGGAAAUCCAUGAGGGUCUACUGAAGGCUCGUGUGGGAAGGGGCGAGACAAAAACGGAACUUUCAUCAUUCAGCUUGGUUAGCGACAACAAGUGGCACAUUGUUCAACUCCGAGUCACGGGGAGGCAUCUGGACCUCAUGGUAGAUGAACGAGGGGUGCGGGCGGCGUUGCCUCUGCAGAGCCAAGUGUUUGUAUCUGAAGGCCCCCUGUUCGUGGGAGGCCUGGAUGACCGGAUGUGGGAAACAGUGCGGGGGUUAGAACUUGUGCCUGGGAAAUCUGCUCGAGGCCUCUCUCUGAAAGGUUGCCUGAGAGCCUUGGAAGCCAACCUGGAAAAGAGAGCAUUAAAGGAUGCACUUGUUUCCAAAGACGUUUCUGCUGGGUGUGCCGGUGAGGCUGUCCAUGGUACGGAGCCUUCUGUGGCUGUGGAAGACCUGCUCCAGCCAGAGCCGGCCACUUCCACUGCGGCUACGAGAGCCACUUCUCUGAAAAGUCAAAGUGUUAGUUUCUUGGUUUUGAGUAAAUUAGAAGUCCAGGAAGGUGGACGAGCCUUACUGGGGCAAAGGCACAUUGAGGUGAACGUGGACUCAAUGGGCCUUGAUGACUCCCAGACACUCUUUAAAAUACAGCAAACGCCAGCUCACGGGUUCCUUCAAAUAGAUGUUUGGCCCGCACAAGAAAUGGAGAGGACGUUCACUAUGUCAGAUUUGAGGCGUGGGAACGUGUGGUAUGUCCACAACGGUGCAGAAGAGCCUACGGAUUCUUUCACAUUUUGGGUUUUUUCUAGUAGCAACAAGUCAGUGCCAUCCCAGCUGCAGGAUCCUGUUCCACACAUUUUUAACAUUAUUGUCCUUCCGGUGAAUGACCCCCCAUCCCUGAAGCUCCCAGAAGGGCCCUUGCUUCUCUUUGAGAACACCAAGCAACGCCUGACCCCCGGCGUGAUACAGGUGUCAGAUCCUGACACAGAUUCUCGGCAUCUCAGGUUUUCGGUUCUCAGCCCCUUCAACACAGAUGCUGGCUUUUUAGAACAUGCCAAGGACCCUGGGCGAGCCAUCAGUGGUUUUACGCAAGCGGAUUUACAGGAGGGCAACAUUUUCUAUGCACACAGGGGUCAUCGAAACUCUCGGAUUGUUCUGAGAGCAACGGAUGGUGAGCUGGUUAGCAAUACUGUGGUGUUACGGGUCAUGGCUGUUCCUUGGGACUUUGAAGUGGCUGAUGGGACCGGCGUGGUGGUACCGCAAGGCGGCGCCGUUCUCAUCACUCGGAACAACUUGUCAGUGAAGGUGAAUGGCGGACCGCAUGAGAUGGACGCUCGCUAUGACAUCACUCAUCCACCUCAGUUUGGCCAAAUUCAGCACCGGGGAUCCAACGGAGAAUGGAAACGAGUCAGUACCUUUUCUCAACAUUCCGUUGACCGGAGUCGAAUCCGAUACUACAGUUCAUUCAAGGAACCACAGCAUGAAAACGCUACAGAUGGCUUUAAGUUUCAAGUCCGCCUAGAAGGAAGGGUAAGCAAAGAGCUCCUGUUUCCCGUGACUGUGCAGUGGCUGAAACCGACACUUCUGAAAAAUGUCCCUCUAGAGAUUAGCAGCGCAAACAAGGAAGUACUGGAUUCUGGUCAUUUGCAGGCUGCAAUGGGGAGUCUGGAAGUAGCUGAGAGGGAAAUAUAUUUCAAGUUACUGAUUCCACCUGAGAAAGGAGAAUUGCUGCUUGGCAAUCGGGCUCUUAAAACGAGUUCGGUUUUCAGCCAAAAAAACAUUACAGACUCUAAGGUAAGCUACGAGCCCCAGGGGUGGCCCAUGAAAGACUCACAGGAUACUUUUCGCUUUUCAAUUAUUGUAAAAAACAUAGAAUCAAAAGAUUAUCCCUUCAGGAUAAACUUUAAAACAGAUAAGACACGCAUCGUUUUAACGAACACUGGAUUGUUUGUCAGAGAAGGAGAACAGACAGGAAUUACACAGUCAGAAUUAUUUGUUCAAACACUGGACAAUCAUGUCUUCCAGUAUAACGUCACCAGGAGUCCUCGCCAUGGGGAACUGAAAUUGCUCAGCUCCUUCCCUUCUCUGGGAAGUGACAAUAGCAUCACUGGAUUCACAGACGAAGACAUAGUGGGUGGAAGGCUGGUAUAUGUUCACGAUGACUCUGAGACACAGUCUGAUGAAUUCUUGGUUUUGGCCUCUGCCACAGGUCUGGGCCAGCAGGGAGGGGUCAGGAGCCUUGCCUCUGAGCACCUGUCUACAGAAAUCAAAGUCAGCAUUUCUGUUGAGUUGAAGAAUGAUGAGAAGCCAGUGCGUGUGGUGGAUAAGGUCUUCCACGUGGUGAGGGACGGUCAGCGCUUGCUGACGCUAGUGGACCUCUGCUACCAUGACCCUGACGUUGAUUUCGAUGACGGCCAGUUGCUCUACACUCGGCGCGGCAUACCAAAUGGAGAUUUGGUGAAGGCCAGUGAGCCGUCUCAGAAGCUCUACCAGUUCAGACAGAAGGACCUGCAGGAAGGGCGCGUGCUCUUCCGGCAUCGCGGCCCAGACUCUGCUCGGUUCCUGCUGUUUGUGACAGACGGUGACCAUGACACGUCAUCCCUUUUCGAGGUCAGCGCGUCAGAGGCCUAUGUCCACAUAGUCAACAACACAGGUCUGCUCGUACCCAGAGGGAGGGACAGCUGCCUCACGACAACCAACCUGAGCGUCACCACAAACCAAGAUGUCAGAACAGACCAUGAGUUUGAAUUCCACAUCACGCAAGCCCCCGAAUAUGGCAGACUCCUGGUCAACAAUUCGGCGUUUCACUCGUUUUCCCAGCAUGACCUGAAGCAGGGACGCGUGAUUUAUAGGCACAACGGCGAGGGCCACUUUGAUAUGUUUAACCUGACAGUGAAAGUUAAAGACACCUACUUAGAUGUGAGCAUCUGUGUUCACGUGUCCUUGGACGGUCACCAGCAUCACACACAGACUCUGCACAGCAGGAGCCUUAGAGUUGAAGAAGGCAAACAAGUAAAACUGAGUAGAGGGAGGCUCCAGGUUGGGAAUGAAGAAGGUAUCCCUUCAGACGCAGUGCUCAUAGUCAGAACCCCACCGAGGCAUGGACACCUCCAAAAAUCCACAGCAGAAGGCGUCGGCGUGGGUGCAGAUGGGAGGUCCCCGCUGAGCUUCACCCAGCAGGACAUUGAUGCAGGCAAUGUCCUCUAUACACAGACAGCUCCCGGCCAACAAAAGGAUCAGUUCACCCUGGAAGUGACCAAGGACUCCCAGGUGGUCGGGAGAGUGGAGAUGCUCUUGGAUAUCAUCCCGAGGUGGAUACCUCUGGAGGUGCAGAAUCUCACAGUUCAAGAAGGGGGCUCCAGGGCGCUUCUGCAGGAUCACCUCCGGAUCCCAAGCAAGUAUUUUGAGAGUCUCGACUGCGAAUUUGUUCUCCUCAAGCCACCAAAGCAUGGUUACGUUGAAAGCUCCAAGUUUCCAAGAGUGAAGCUAAUGAAAUUUUCCAGGAAACAGGUGGAGCAGGAGUUGAUUUACUACGUUCAUAAUGGCAAUGAGGAGUUUCUGGACAGUCUUACCGUCUUGGCAAACAGCUCCGAGCUUGGGAAACAGAGUCUGCCUCAGACUCUUUUUGUGACUGUUAAGUCUGUAAAUGACGAGGCUCCGGUAAUAACAGCCAAUAAAAUCCUCCAGGUGUGGGUGAAUUCUGUCACUGAGGUGACCAGAGACGACCUGUGUGCAGAAGAUGGGGACUCCCACCCACAGGACUUGGUCUACCGGGUCACUCCUCCCAGCAACGGGCAUCUGGCUCUCAAGUCCAUUCCUGGCAGAAGCAUCCAGAACUUCACUCAGGCUCAGAUUGAUGGCGGUCAGCUUGUGUUUGUGCACUCUGGAGCCAUGUCAGGAGGCUUUAAUUUUCAGGUUACAGAUGGUUUGAAUUUUGCACCUCGACAAAUCUUUAGCAUCACCGCCCGAGCUCUGAUCAUUAGCUUAGAAGUCAACAGAGGACUGAGCGUCUUCCCAGGUUCCACAAAGCCGCUUUCGUCUCAUGACCUGAGAGCUGUGACCAAUGAUGACAAGGCAGGAAACAGAACUGUAACGUUCACAGUUGUCAGUUCCCCCAGACUUGGGAGGCUGCUGAAGAUGAACUCUGACAACCGCACAGAGGACGUUUCCGUCUUUACCCAGUCUCUGGUCAAUGAAGGGCUGAUACUGUACCAGCACAUGGAUCUUGAGAACACAGGGUGGGCCUCAGAAGACUCCUUCACAUUCACGGCUUUCUCCCCUCCUGCAGCCCUGGGCCCUGAGGACUUCCGGAUUACCAUUUCAUAUGAAACGACUGAGUCAGGCCGACAAAGCCGGCUGCUUGCCAAUACAGGAGCUUUUGUCAAAGAGGGAGAUAAAGUUCUCAUUGACCAAUCUAAGCUAGAUGCUUCCAACCUCUUGCUUCGGCUGCCCCAGCCUCAGCGUUCUGCCCACGAAAUCUGGUUCCAGGUCACAGCACUUCCUCGCCAUGGAACCAUUAUGGUGAGAGAAAGAAACCUUACCACAGGAAAAUCCUACUUCUCCCAGCAGGUAGUUAAUGCAUUUGGAGUCACUUAUUUUCACGAUGACUCUGAAUCACUAGUGGACAGUUUUACCUUUGCUGUUUGGCCAAACCCAAAGAGCAAGUCCACCAGUAAGCCAGAGGCCAACUUUCUGGAAGAGAUAUUCAACAUCACCAUCACCCCUGUGAACGAUCAGCCUCUAGAAUUAAAGACCAGAGGGCUUCGGCUGACAGUUCUGCAGGGCAGUAGGUUGGUGGUGGGGCCUGAAAUCCUCAACGUAGAAGAUCCAGACAGUCCUCCAGAUGAAAUCCAAUACGUGGUCAUCCGUCCUCCCAACAAUGGCUUCUUAGCAAUGGCUCAUGAUCCAAGCACCACCGCUCACCACUUCACACAAGCCGACAUCAACAACGCUCAGGUGUGGUUCACACAGGAUGGCAGCCCGUCCUCUGGGGCGUUUUAUUUUAGUGUGACUGAUGGCGAUCACCGCCCUCUCUAUAAGCUCUUCCAUCUGGAUGUCAUCCCCAUCUCCAUCACUCUUGUGAACCUCACAGACCUGCUUCUCCCACAGGGCCAGACAACUGUCCCCAUCACCAGUGCCCAGCUUUCAGCAGUGACCAAUGGUAGGAGCCAUCAGAUCACCUACAGGAUGACACAGCCCCUUCAAAAUGGCCACUUGCUGCUGGAAAGCCGGCUGGUCACGAGCUUUGGACAGGAGGAUUUGGACUCUGGAAGACUCUUUUACCACAUGACCAAUCUCACUGCCUCAGAAGAUCAGCUGCGGCUCUCGUUGUUUACAACGGAGAGCAACUUGACAGAGCAGACGCUGAGCAUCAGAGUGCAGCCUUUAGUGCGGGUCACACCGAACCUGAAAAUUGCCAACGGGGUGGCUCACCGGCUUCGAAAAGAGGAUCUGGAUGCGACCGAACUUGCUAACAGGACUAGCAGUGACCCCACGUUUGAAGUGACACAGCCACCCACCCACGGGCGACUUGUUCGCAGUGCGCCUAACAACCCUGUGGUGGAAGAGGUCACUCGGUUUACCCAGACAGACAUCAACCAGGGGCAGCUGGUGCUUGAGCUGUAUGCUAAUCUGACGGGCACCUUUACCCAGAAUGACUCCUUCACCUUCUCGCUCAGGGCAGACCGCGUGCAGCCAGCUACAGGUUAUCUGGCCUUCACCAUAGUGCCACCAGACCCCUUACCUUUACAAACAUUUACGCCGGGCGUGCCUUUAUUUGUCACUGGAGAGAGCCCUGUGGCCUCCGUUUGCCCUCAGAAACAACUGACGGCUUCUGUUUUAACACAGACAGAAGCUCCAGGGAAUCUGACCCAGAGCAAAGGGCAGGGGGCAGAUUCCUGGGGACAGGUCGGUAGCAAAGAGCCAAGUGUAGGUGGUAAGGCCUCCCCCACUAAGGUCAUGUGGCCAUAUGCCACCACCGAAGGCCUUUCUGGGGGGGUCACGCAGCCUGGAGAGAGCAGUUUCCCCCUGAUGGUCGCCCUCCCCUUGGCUGCUGUGUUCUUCCUCCUGACAGUGACUGCGGUGGCCCUGUGUGUUUGGCUGCUGAGCCGAAAGGAGAACAAACCUAAACCUCUUCUCCAGCCGAAGACCAGCCUCGAAUCCCCGUUGCCAAGCUGUAGAGCAGAGAGGAUUGGAGCCAUCCCCACCGUCAGGGUGACACCCCUUAUGAGAAACUCCAGCGGCCCUGCUCCCAGUCUGUUUUGGCCUCCAGGCUACCAUCAGCCUGCCUCUCUGGGGGUGGAGCCUGUAGAGAAAUGCGCCACCUGGGAGGCCUGGGUGAACCUGGAUCCUGACAUGGCCGAGCUCUGUCGGCAAACCAACCCAGCACUGAAACACAACCAGUACUGGGUAUAAACGGGGAACCCCACCUCCCACCCCACCUCAUCCUCAUCCUCCCUCCUUCUCUUCUCCUUCACCUGCCUCUCCUCCCCCGGUUCUCUCCCUCUCUUCCCCUCUAUUUCUCCCCCCUUCCCCCAUCUCUGCCUGUCCUUGCUCUUAUUGACCACUUCCGUGUAUAGGUGCUGAGCUCGGCACUGGGCUAUUCUGAUGAAGUCAUGCGGAUUGUGGAUGAGCUGAGCGCUGUAACUCAAGGUCCCAGAUUGUGUCCCCUUUUCUGGAUCUGACUUUCUCCACACAUACGCUUCUGUUAAAAUUAAACUGCAAGCCAGGCGCUGCGGCUAUAAUCCCAGCUCUGGGAAGCAGAGGCAGGCAGACCUCUGUGAGUUCAAGGCCAGCCCGCUCACAAAGGGAGUCCAGGAUAGCCAGGGCUACACAGAGAAACCCUGUCUCUGAAAAUCAAAAACCAAACCAAAACAAAAAAGAAUUAAUUACACUAAGGUACUACUUAGCAGUAGGGCCAGAUUGGAAGCAGUGGCAUUGACUUGGGGCUUGGAGUUAAAGGAGGAAGGUUUAGGUGCUUCUCAUGGAAGAUUUAUUCUCAGUGAGGCAGCAGGAAGUGCCAAUUCUGUCUCUACAGAAGAUGUCACUUACCAGUGAGUUUGUUUAUAUUAUAUUUAUAUAUCAUCCUUCACUUCUGGGGACUCUUCUUUGGUUGGUUGCCUUGUUCUGAUAGCGGGGCAAUCUGACCUCCUUUGAGAAUAUUCAUUAAAUACAUUGUAUUUCCUCAAGAAGCAUUGUCUGUUCUGAUCUGUAAAAUCAAGAAAUACUAUAUGAAGCUCUGAGGGAUAGAAAGGUGUGUUAAAAUUUUUUUUAUUAUUUUUAAUUUUUUUGAUGCCUUCAUUUGGCACCCUUUUACAAUAAGUUGAACUAAUGACAAAUUUGUAUUUGAAUUGUCUGCUUGAGUCUUUGGCCAGGAUUAAUUUCUGCAACUGUAAAAUGAAGCUUUUAGUAUUUACAUUAAGAAAGCCUUGAGCUGCAAAGUGCAGUAUACCCAUAAAUGAUUUAGAUUGAGGUAGGCACAAAUGAGUCACAUUUUCCUGUGAAGAGUAAAAUAGUAAAGGUUUUAGGUUUGCAGACCACACAUGGUCUCUGUCAUUCGUUUUUCUCUUUUGUUCUUUCCUAAAACAAAGUUUGUUUUAAGAAAAUGUAAAAAACAAAACAAAACAAAAAUCCCAAAACCUUAGCUCUUGAAUUUGGCCCACACAUUAUGUAAUUUGCCAGCCUUUGGUUUAGGCAAUAGAAGUGUAUUGAAUUAUGUCAAUUAGUGAACCUUCUGUAUCCAACCUUCCAAAGCUGGCUCUGGGACUUAUUAUUAUCAAGGGCGGAAGCUGUUUUGUCCUCUCUGCCCUGUGGUCCUCAGGCUGUUGGUGAUUAUGAUUAUGGCUGCCAAAAUGUCCAGCAGAGUGAACAUAUCCCAGGCAUUGUCACACAGCAUGGUGGCUUCUUGGAGAGAGACUCCAACAGGAAUAUUUGUAUUAGUUAUUUAUUAUCAUAAGGAGACUUUCUCCCCAUUUUACUUGCUUUUAUCUCUUAUUGUCUAAACCAGGGAACAUCCUUUCUAUCCUCCCACCAACCACCAGUGGGAGGAAUGGGACCUCAAGACUGAUGAUGUCUCCUGAGUCAGUGAUCUGCCCACUGUGGACUUAGAGGAGGUUGAAGAAAUAGCUGUAUGUAGACAGUGAUAGGGUCUACUGAAAUACUCUUCAGGUAUUGCAAUCGCUGGAACUAAGAUACUGCUUUUUAUCUAAAUAGAUGACCAUCCCUUUUUCCUGUUGAAUGGUUUUCUUAAAGCUGGAGCCCAUGUUACAGGGAUAAGAAUAUCACUUUUUAUCCUUUUAUCAGUUUUAGGAUAGAAGUUCUGGGUCUAGGAGUCCCAACAGACAGAGCCCUGACACUUGUCUCAGCACAGCAGCCUAAGGGGUUAAUAGAGCUGGGUGCGGUGCCGCAUGCCCGCUGUACCAGCAUGUGGGAGGCAGAGGCGGGAAGAUCACUGCAAUUUUGAAGCCAGCCUGGGCUACAUGACAAAUUUUAGGCCAGCCUGUGAUAUAGAGCAACAACAACAACAACAAUAAUGAAACAAAGAAUGAGAGAGAGAGAGAGAGAGAGAGAGAGAGAGAGAAAGAAAGAGAGUAGCCAGAGAGAGAGAGAGAGAGAGAGAGAGAGAGAGAGAGAGAGAGAAAGAAAGAGAGUAGCCAGAUGAGGCCUGGAAAGAUUUAAUCAGCAUGGCCUGACUGGGGAAGAGCAGGUAAAGGCGCUGGGUCAUACAGAAAGAAACGAGAAGAAGCAGCCUUGCUUGAAGAGUGGUCUGGUUGGUCAGGACCGGUCCUUCGAGCUGAUCCCAAGACAUGCCUGAGGGGGCUGUGUGGUAUCCAGGAGAUGACUGCUCCUGCUGGAGGCUGCUGUCAGGGAAUGUUCUGUCAGCAGAGGCCUGUUGUUCCUGGAAUGCAAGGGGGCACUGCAGGUUUAAGACAUCUUCUUGGUACAUUGUAAAAAAGCUGACCGCGUGGCCCCUAGGCUUUGAUCUCUGUGAGUUCAAUGCAAGCCAGGACUACAUAGUGAGACCCUGUCUAAAACAGCGUCCCCUAAGCUCUCUUAUGUGUCACCGGCAUACCUAGAUGCAGACUUAUGCAGGAAUCUGACCCACAGUCCUAAACUAGAGGGUAGAUGCAAAACAAAAAAGGGCGGGUGGCAAACCUUCCUGAGUCAGCACUCAGAGUUCCCAUUACAGAAGGAUGGGCUGCAAACAGGUACGUGUGAGGGGAAAGGCACUCCGCAGAGCCUCUGGCAGUGACUGAGAGAGGAGGGUGCCUUUGCAUUUAAUCAGCAGGCCAAGGAUGCCCCAUUGCCAAACGUUCAACACGCCCCUACCCCAGACAAAGACCCCUCAGCAUCCACGCCACUCCCAGAGGUCGGCAUUGUUGAGGCUGAGAGACACCAGGUGAGCCAUCGUGAAUAGCUUCUGGCGUACCCAACGAAGGGUUAAUAGACUUGUUACUCAGUCUAGGCCGAAGGGGCAUUGUGAAGACAGAAUGGAGGGUGAAGAUGCCCCCGCACUGUGUUUGAGACGCUGGCUAAUGGCAUCCAUGGACAUUCCUUCUUCAAGGAUGUAUUCCAAACUGGACAAAACCCAGCAGGCAAAUCAUUUCUAUUCGUUCUUUGUUUAAAGGGAAAUAUUAUACCUUUUAGGGUGGGGUGGGGGCAGGGCAGGAGGGAAUCACAAGGUAAAGGUUAGGUCGAGAAUGCCCAGAAAAGUCUAAUGCAUCUUACAUACUUCUUAUGGGAAAUGCUUUUGGCUUCACCUUCCUUCUGUUCCUCAAAGGGUCACUUCCCUCCCAGCCCAAUUCUAACUGCUCUUUCGGAAACAAUUUCACAGUCUACAGACCAAAUGGCAGCAUGGCACAUUUGGGCACAGAGACAACCACUUAUGUCUUGCUUCCAUCCUCACUUAUGUCUUAGUUCCAUCCUGGCCUUUUAUUGCCGGCCAUGGAAACUAACGUUACUGGAGCAGUUAAGGUCAGAGCCUUGGCCUUGGCAAGUCCUAACAAGUGGGGGCUAUGCCACCUGCCCUCAGCAGGCCAAUUAAAGACACAGAGUAAUAGAAAAAGGCAGAAAAAGAUGUAUUCAAUGUGGCCACGUGGGGAAGGGGAAUGAGGAGGUCUGGUGAUGUCACAAGUCUGUCUUCUAGGUCCUCACAUGAGGCAUAGGCUUAAACAGAAGCCAAGACCUACCACUCUGCACUGACACUCCCCCUACCCCGCCACAGUUUCUGAGACUGAUCUCUCGUGCAAUUAGUCUGACAGGUUGUCAGAACUAUAAGAAAUCCCUGGCAGGGAGGCUCCCUUCUGGCUGGCACCAGAUUUAGCCUUUUCCGUUUCCCAGCAUGAGUUUCCUGGGUAAAUGUCUAAUUGCUGGGAAUGUGUUGUUUAAAAGGAGGGACCCAAGUGUCUCAUUGCAAUAUCUGCUCCUGCCAGGGCUGUUAAACUAAAGCUGAAAAAUUGUUUCUCCACUCCCCUUUAAGAGUGCUUCCCUCCGGCGUUUCCGUAUUUCUCACUCAAAGAUUGCCCCUUCCUUGCAUUUUAGUUUUAGGAUACAGACAGGCUGGGCGCCUUCACCUAGCUUCGGUUUGAUCUAGAUGUAACUCACAGUUGUUCUUAGCCCUGGUCUGACCCAAGCCCCCAGAGCAGUGCGCCGCAUGCAGUGUACCCAAGGCAGAGGGUGAAGACCAUCAGCAUCUGUUACGUGGGUUCCCCUCUCCCUUGACUGGUCAAUGCCUGCUCUUUGUGGAGGAGCCAGCUGUCCUUGGCUCACCGAGCCUGUUGGCCGCUGCUGUGGCUCAGCCGUAAGCUCUCUGGAACUAGGACUGCCAGGCUGGCCAAACACAGGGUCUGCUCCUCAACAUUUUCCUGCUUAUCUUGCAACUCCAAACAAAGACGGUUCGUGUCCAUACUGGAAAGAUUUAAAGCAGUAACUCACAAUCCUUGUUUGCAAGUAUGCCCUGCUAGAGCCAGGACAGACAGCUGGAGAUCCAGAUGUCAAAGCUCAUUGAUUAAGCAAGUAAUUAACACAGAGUUUGGGAAGUUUCCUCUUCCUUUCCAGAGGCACUGGAAUAGUCUGGUUUGCAGAUGGAGUCAAUUAAAAGGCAACAAUGUCUACCAUUUGGUGCUGGCUCAAAGAAAGCAUAAAAUAAAAAAAUUCUGGCAAAGCCUCGUUCAACAUUGAAAAUUAAAGUUCUGUGAAUGGAAAGACAGUUGAAAUGACUCCCCCCAUAGGAGGGGCUGUAACCGAACAAUUUAAACUCUUGUCAUGAUGAGUCUCACAUUUCUCAACAAGUGUCUGGGAAGAUAGUAAAUAUACACUGAAGGUGAAGAGCAGAAGAAUGGCUGUUUGGUGAUUUUUUUUAAAGAAUCACAGAGGAGUUCCAGGGUACAAGAGGAGACUUGAAAACUGGACCGAAAGAUACAGAGCUUAGGGAAGGGUGUGGGACCAAAUGGAAGGGCUCAGAGGUACGCACUGCCCAAGGACUUGUCACGCUAAUUCUGCAGGGAGUUGGGCCUAUGAUUUUUCUGUUUCGUUGUGUCUUUAACUGGUUUAGCAGUGUGAUGCUGGCUUUAAACCAUUUGGGAAUGUUCUAGUUUAUGGAAUAGUUUGGGAAGCUUCGGCUUCAGUGGUUCUUUAAAGUUCUGCUAGAAUUCUGCAGUAAGCCCAUUUGGGCCUGUACCAUUUUUGGUUGAGUACUUUUUAUUAUUAUUAUUGCUGUUAACUUUGGUAAGUGAAACCAUAAGGGAUAUAAAUUUGUCAUAUAUAUUAAAAAAUUCCUCCAUUACUUUUAGAUUUCCAACUUAGUAAAAUAAAGGCUUUGGAAGUGUGUCUUUAUA